AUGACUGUAGCUGCUCUUGAAAUGCAUGACGUGCGGCGUAAUAAGAGGAACGCCAUGUGCCACCACCUCAGGCGGUUCGGACCUGGAAUCCAGGGCGCGGUUCACUGCGAACCGCCAGCGUACCCCCGCCUCAGCACCGCCAAGAGCUGGAUACGUGGAGCUGAAACGUGGCUACUGCGCAUGCUCACAUCGCCCUUCCCGGCAGCCCCAGCGGCCCGGACGCCCCGCGGCAACUUUCGGGGCGACUUCAGAACGGCUCCGCCCACGCGAGGGCAAAGCGGAGGAGCCCUCCCUUCCACCACGUGGACGGUCUUCUCAGCCUUGAAGCGGAAGCCAGCCCCUCGGACUCUCCGGGCUCAGCCGGCGCCUGGGGCGGCGGCCAUGGCCGCUGACGGGCGGUCCCGAGCGAGGUCUUCCGCCGGCCGGAGGCGCGGCCCGGCCCCCCCACGUUGGCCCAGUCUCCCUCCGCCCACGUCGACCCGCCCCCCUCACGUCGGCUCGACCUCCCCCACACGUCGGCCCAGUCCCCCCACGCUGGCACGGCCGCGUCCGCCGGCCCUCUCGCCGCGCAUGCGCGGAGGGGCCGGGCCGGAGCAGGCGGCCGCGUCUUCCGGCGGGGUCUCCAUGUUCCGCUGGCUGGAGGUGCUGGAGAAGGAGUUCGACAAGGCCUUCGUGGACGUGGACCUGCUGCUGGGCGAGAUCGACCCGGACCAGGCGGACAUCACCUACGAGGGGCGGCAGAAGAUGACCAGCCUGAGCUCCUGCUUCGCGCAGCUCUGCCACAAAGCCCAGACCGUCUCCCAGAUCAACCACAAGCUCGAGGCACAGUUGGUGGAUCUGAAAUCUGAACUGACAGAGACCCAAGCAGAGAAAGUGGUGUUGGAGAAAGAAGUGCAUGAUCAGCUCUUGCAGUUGCACUCGAUCCAGCUUCAGCUUCAUGCUAAAACUGGUCAGAGUGUUGACUCUGGUACCAUUAAGGCAAAACUGUCUGUCCCCUCUGUGGAGGAACUGGAAAGAGAACUUGAAGCCAACAAAAAAGAAAAAAUGAGAGAAGCUCAGCUUGAAGCUGAAGUGAAAUUGUUGAGAAAGGAGAACGAAGCUCUGCGCAGACACAUAGCCGUUCUCCAGGCUGAAGUUUAUGGGGCAAGACUGGCUGCCAAGUACUUGGACAAGGAGCUGGCAGGAAGGGUCCAGCAAAUACAGUUACUAGGACGAGAUAUGAAGGGACCCGCUCAUGAUAAGCUUUGGAACCAAUUAGAAGCUGAAAUACAUUUGCAUCGUCACAAAACUGUGAUCAGAGCCUGUAGAGGACGUAACGACUUGAAACGACCAAUGCAGGCACCACCAGGCCACGAUCAAGAUUCCUUGAAGAAAAGCCAAGGUGUUGGUCCAAUUAGAAAAGUUCUCCUCCUUAAGGAAGAUCAUGAAGGACUUGGCAUCUCAAUUACAGGUGGGAAGGAACAUGGUGUUCCAAUCCUCAUCUCUGAGAUCCAUCCAGGGCAACCUGCUGACAGAUGCGGGGGACUCCACGUUGGAGAUGCAAUUUUGGCAGUAAAUGGAGUUAACCUAAGGGACACAAAGCAUAAAGAAGCUGUAACUAUUCUUUCCCAGCAGAGAGGAGAAAUUGAAUUUGAAGUUGUUUAUGUUGCUCCUGAAGUAGAUUCUGAUGACGAAAAUGUAGAGUAUGAAGAUGAGAGUGGACAUCGUUACCGUUUGUACCUUGAUGAAUUAGAAGGAGGUGGUAACCCUGGUGCUAGUUGCAAAGACACAAGUGGGGAAAUUCAAGUGUUACAAGGAUUUAAUAAGAAGGCAGCAACUGACGCACAUGAAAAUGGAGACCUGGGAACUUCGAGUGAAGCUCCACUAGAUGACAGUGCUUCAAAAUUAGAUGAUCUGCACAGUCUGUAUCACAAAAAAUCUUAUUGAAUUGACUGUCUCUCUAGACACAAUGAUUAAUCAGACUGUUCUGAAUUUGAGGCACUAGGGAAGAUGGUGACGAAGACUAUAGGACAAGGGAGGCUGUUGGCUGCCUAAAUGAAAGGCAGGUACCUCAGGGCUUCAUGUGAACAAUUCUGAAUGCAUAAAACCCCGUUUUCUGUGGUAUACUGUUAGCGAUCGCAUGUAAAGCAAUUUCAUUUUCUUGAAACUGUAAGCACCAAAGCAUGUGUUUUUCAAAGGGACAUCACAGACUUUUAAGUGCCACAUGGAACACCACUGUUUCAUUUGGCUCCUCUUCCAUUUAGUAGAAUGACAGUGCUGACUGGAAUUUCAUAAAAUAUAGUAUUCAAAUGCAGAGAGUAAGUGGAUUCAUAUUGCAUAUUCCAGAAUGUUAACUGUGGUAUUUCAGAGAACAGAACUUGACUAAAUGAAUUGCCAAAGUGUAGGCUUGACUUAAUUUUUUUCUAACUGAAAGAAUGUUUUUAGACUUAAAAAAAUUUUUUAUUGUGCAUCUGAAUCCAUUACUAGUGAUUGAGUUUGCCUUUCAGCUUUAUUCAGUGCAUACAAAAUAGUUUUAUUUAAACAAUCAUUUAUCAAUCAGUGCUGUGCUAGAAAUAGUUUCUGAAAAUUUACUAUACAUUUUACUUUUUUGGUUGCUAAAUGCAGAUGAGUAUAAAAUAUCUGUUCUCCAUGAUGUUGAUCUGUGUGCAUUGCAUUGGAGCAUUUACUCAUUAAUGUUUAGCUCAGAUGUUUUCUUUCUGGGAUCCACAAAGACAGUUCCAUAUAUUUUGAGUUGUUCAUAAAGUUUAUCUUGCUAUAAUAGUCCUGGCACCUAAAGGUACAUUUUUCUGGUAGUUAAACUCACAUUUAUUAUUAAGUCAUGCAAUACAGUGCAUUCAAACAGCAACUUUCUCUCUGAGUAGCUGAUUUGCCCAAAUCUUAUGAAAAGCCGGGGGCAAAGGUGGGCAAGAUGAGGUGAACACAUUUGAUACAGUAAUUGUUCUGAUUGGGUUUUCAUGUCAGUGUAUGUUUGACUAAAGAAUUUUUUAUUUGUAAACUCUAUGACUUCGCGUUUUCUUGUCUCAGAAUGAAGCAUGGAAUACCUCCUCUCUUAUUAUUUACUGUUCAGCAGGCUGUUGUUUCUGCUGGGCAAAGUCAACACAUUGCAUUUAAAGAGGUGAUAGUUUUGCUAAGAUCACUGUUUUAAAGGAUAUACAUUUAAGGGACCAUUAAGUGGGAGAAAGCCUAUGAGGCUUUUAAUAUAUUAUCAGUAUCUUAAUUUCUAGUAUUCAGAUGUUAUGUGAUAAAACACAUUUUUUUGUCUUUCCUAGACGCACUAUAUAUUUGUUCAAAGGUAAAUCUAUAAAAUGUAUAUACUUUAUUUUGUGAUUUUGCUGUUUAUAAAUUUAAUGUUUUAGCUGUUCGCUUGUGGUUUGUUUUGGGUGAGUUUGAUCAUCUGUAUAUCACCAUGUUGAUUUGUAAUAGAAGUACACUCCAUAGUGUAGUUGUUACUGAUAUUAAAAUACUUUAUAGCAUAACAUUGCCUCCAAGUAAAAGCUAGUAUUUAAUUGUACAAAUGAAUGAGCAAGUUAUAUGUUAUUGUUUGCUCUUGACAGGAUAAGCCUCUUAAAAGUAAAAAAUUGUUUUUUCAUAUGCAUUUUCCUAUGCCAAACACAUACCCCCAUGCAUGACAUGAAAUCUGCAAACUGAAUUUUAGCCAUUGUAUUUAUUUAGUUUAAAAAAAUCCACUUAUAGCAGAUCUUUCUGAAAACUUUCUGCUGUGACAUGAAAUCAUGCUAUUCUUAAAACAGAACCUGGGAUGGAAUGACCAUCAUUCAUUUUUUUCAGAGAAUAACCUUUCUCUACCAUUACUUUAGGAAAUGUAAGCUGUAACCCUUUGCUUUUAGAGAACUACCUAAUAAUUGUAUAAAGAAUUUUUUCGAACCUUGAAUUGGAAUUUUUGUGAGGUUGCCGUGUAAUUUGAAGGAUUAUGUGAGAUAGUUAUGAUAUAAAUUCCUUUCAAGGGUUAAUAAACAAAAUGAAAAGUUUUCUGAGUAGUUUAAAAUUCCACAGGUCAGUGUUCUUUUCAUUCCUGCUUCACCGUGGUUUGCAAGCCUAAGCACUGUUGCUCACAUACUACUGUGAGCUUCCUGUUGGAUAUUAGUAACUAGGUAAGAGUUCAUUUUAGAAUGAAUACAUGAUCUUGGAGAUGAACUAAAAAUUACAGACUUUUCUAAAGGACUGAAUGAGAACCUGUUUUAAUAUUUUCACAUUUAUAGGAAGAAAACACGUAUAUAACACUGAAGCUUCUAAGACAAAACCAAACUGAUUAGAGGGAAACUAUUACGAAGCCAUUAUAAUGAAAAAGGGAAAGAAAGAGAAAAAUACACACAUGCAUACACAAACAGAAUAGCUGAGAAGAGCUUUUAAGUAGAACCUGAGGAUUAUGUGUGUGUGAGUAUAGAUAUUUACACUUAACCUCUAAAAUUCUCCUCUGCAGUACAUUAUCUCUGUUAUGAAUAUGAUGAAAAAUCAGCACUUGAGUUAUGGGACUAUUGAAAUAGAUUUAAAAAAGAUGAAAUUUUGUCUGUCUUGGUGAUUAUAACUGAAUAGUUAUAAAAGUUAGUACAGGUUGUCCAUGGUGCUGUUUUGUUUUUUUCCCUACCACAGUGGACUUAUUUUGUUUUCAUGCUUAGAAACAAAAAACUGUAGUAUUGAUUCGUAUGUAAACUACACAUUUUUGACAUCUUUAUUAGGUAAUCCACUAUUCCACCUCUUUAGUCUUCCAUUUAUGGUCAGCCUCAAAUCUAUUCUAUAGCAUUUAUGACAAAUGUAUUAUAUCUAGUUGAGUUUAAUAUUUUUUUAUUAGUCUGUAAAUAAAGAUGGCAUCUUCUACAUUAAA